GACAACUUAGACAACUUAGACAACUUAGACAACUUAGACAACUUAGACAACUUAGACAACAGCGACAGACAACAGCCCAUGUAGCAGCAUGGUCUACAUCAAGCAAAUCACUGUCCAGGGCUUCAAAUCAUACAAAGAACAAGUCGUCAUCGAUGGCUUCUCCCCAAAACACAACGUCGUCGUCGGCCGCAACGGCAGUGGCAAGAGUAACUUCUUCGCAGCCAUUCGCUUCGUCCUGAGUGAUGCGUACACCCAUAUGAACCGCGAAGAGCGGCAGGCAUUGCUUCAUGAAGGAUCAGGCACAGCAGUCAUGAGCGCGUAUGUCGAAGUCAUCUUUGACAACACCGACAACCGCUUCCCUACAGGCAAAGACGAAGUCAUCCUACGUCGUACCAUUGGUCUCAAAAAAGACGAGUAUGCGCUCGAUAAAAAGUCGGCCAGCAAAACAGAUGUCAUGAACUUGCUGGAAGCGGCUGGCUUUAGUCGCUCCAAUCCCUACUACAUUGUCCCACAAGGUCGCGUCACCAUGCUGACGAAUGCCAAGGACAGCGAACGUCUUGCCCUGCUCAAGGAAGUCGCCGGCACGCAAGUCUAUGAGCAGCGCCGAUCAGAGUCCCUCAAAAUCAUGGAUGAAACCCUACAAAAGCAAACCAAAAUCAAUGACCUCCUCGAGUAUAUCGAAGAGAGACUCGGCGAAUUGGAGGAAGAAAAGAAGGAACUCGGCGCGUUUCAAGAGCAAGACAAGAUGCGCAGGUCACUCGAGUAUACCAUCUAUGCGCGCGAACAAGAUGAAAUCAAUCGCGCACUCGACCAACUCGAUGCAAGUCGCGAUCAAGGUCUGGGUAGUACGGAAGAACACGCGCAACACUUUGUCGCGCGUGAAGAGGAAAUGAUGGAAGCUGCUGCUGGUAUCGCACGUUUGCAACAAGACAUCUCGCUGUUACAGCGUGAACGACAAGAACUCAUGCAACAACGACGUGAGGAAAACAGACGUCUUGCACAUGCUGAAGUCUUGCUCGAACGUCUUGAACAAGCGCAACAGGCCUCUGCCCAACGACAACGUGAAAUGGCGCAAGAACUCGAUCGUCUCUUUCAAACAAUCACGCAGAAAGAGCAGGAGCGUGACACAAUCAAGCCUGCAUUAGCACAAGCCUCUGCAGCGGAAGUACAAGCAAAGCAAGCGCUUGAAAAGGUCGAGACGGAAGCAGCACAUCUCUCCAGCAAGCAAGGUCGUCAUGCGCAAUUCAAAACAAAGGCAGAGCGUGAUCGCUUUCUACAAGCUGAAAUGAAGGACUCGCAAGCAGCUCUCCAUCAACGCCAGCAGAUCGCCAAGCAAAUCGCGGAAGAGACAGCAGCACUUCAAGCUGAACUUGCAAAAAAUGCUACAGCCGUCUCGCAGAGUCGGGAUGCCAUGUCUGGCCGUGCGGGCCACCUGGAGCAACUUGCAAAAGAGAUGAGUGAAGCCAAGACUGUACGUGAUGCACUUCAAGAUGAGCGCAAAACGUUGUGGCGCGAUCAGCUCAAGUGGGAGUCCAAUGAAAAACAGGCAAAGCACGAGCUCGACGCUGCAAGGCGGACACUGCAGUACACCAUGGAUCGAUCCACGUCAAUGGGUCUUGCCGCUGCUAAGCGCAUUGUAGACGAGCGCAAGCUGACAGGCUACUAUGGUCCUCUGUGCGACUUGUUUGAGGUGGAAGAACGCUACCGCACUGCAGUGGAAGUCACUGCCGGCAACAGUCUUUUUCACAUUGUCGUUGAUAAUGACGAUACAGCCAGUAUCCUCUUGGAUGGCAUUAGCAAGCAAAAACAAGGUCGCGUGACAUUUGUCCCACUCAACAGGAUUCGCGUCAAGCCCACCACCUUUCCAGAUGCUGCGGAUGCUGUGCCCAUGUUGAGCAAAUUGCAGUAUGAUGCGCGUUACAAGUUGGCCAUGGAGCAAGUCUUUGGCAAGAGCAUCUUAUGCCCCAACAUUGAAGUUGCAAGUCGUUAUGCUCGCAGCGAAGGGUUGAAUGCCAUUACCCUACAAGGUGACAAGUCUGAUCGUAAAGGUGCAUUGACGGGUGGUUUCCACGAUCGUCGCAAGUCACGACUUCAGUGCGCACGCGCCGUUUCCGACUGGCAGGCAAAAUUGGAAGAAGCAACCACCAAAGCACAAGGACUGCAUCGUGCCAUUCUCGUCAAGGAACAGGAAAUCACGCGUGCUGAGUCUGAUUUGCGAAAGUUGACGCUCCAACAAACGCAAGUCGAAGGAAAUCGUGAGCCAUUGCAGCAAAAGCUCGCUGCGCUUGCCAAGGAGGAUGCCGCCAUCAAGGCAUCGCUUGCACGAAAGGAAGCAGCAUCAGCAACGAUUCAACUUGAGGAGACACGCCUCAAGGCAAGCAUUCAAGCCAUGUCUGCAGAACUCCAAUCAAGCUUCACGCGUGACUUGACGCAAGCUGAGGAAGAUCGCCUUGCACAGUUGACGAGUGACGGUGCAGCACUCCGCCUCAAACUCAAUGAAGCCGCUGCACGCCGUGUUGCACUCGAGGCAGAGUGUGAUGUGCUUGAAUCCUUGUUGCGCGACAACUUGUACCUCAAGCGUGAUGCACUCGUGAGUGGAAAUUCUCUCGCGGAUGUGGAUGCAGAAGGCGGUCCUGCUGUUCAACAAGCAGCACGCACACAAGCACUGGCGCAUAUUACACAGCUUGCAAAGCGAAUUGACGCGCUUGAAGCUGAGAUUGAAUCACGAGAGCAUGAACAAAAAAGUCUACAAGAGCAUCACUCUGCGUUGCAAGAAGAAAAUCGACAAGCAGCCAAGCAGAUUGAACACGAGAGCAAACGCCUCGAGAAGAGCAUGCAGAAAAAAGCGUUGUUAUUGCAAAAGAAGGAAGUCUGCAAUCGCAACAUUCGAGAGUUGGGUGUCUUGCCUGAAGCGGCCUUUAGCAAGUACGCAUCGACUGCGUCUGAAACACUAGUGCGCAAGCUACACAAGGUCAAUGAAAAGCUCAAGGGUUUCUCACAUGUCAACAAAAAGGCAUUCGACCAAUACACCAGCUUUACCAAGCAAAAAGAGUCGCUGCUCAAGCGCAGGGAUGAUUUGGAUGUCUCGCAAACCUCAAUCCAAGAACUCAUCGAAGUCUUGGAUCAGCGCAAGGACGAAGCCAUUGAGCGAACAUUCAAGCAAGUGAGCAAAGCCUUUGCAGAGGUAUUUGAGAAGCUUGUCCCAUCUGGUCGUGGUCGUCUUGUGAUACAACGCAAGAUGGAUCAAGACACGCAGGAGGAGGAAGGCGAAGAGGAUGACGACGCAGAAACGCGCCGUCGUUCAGUGGAGAAUUACGUUGGGGUGGCUAUCAGCGUCUCCUUCAAUGCACGCGAUGCAGCGCCCUCGCAGCAGCAACGCAUCCAGCAGCUCUCUGGUGGACAAAAAUCAUUGUGUGCGCUUGCCCUCAUCUUUGCCAUUCAAAAGUGCGACCCAGCCCCAUUCUAUUUGAUGGAUGAGGUGGAUGCUGCAUUGGACGCACAGUACCGUACGGCCGUUGCUGCGAUGCUGCAGGAGAUGAGUGAGGAGGGACAAUUCAUCUGCACCACCUUCCGGCCCGAGAUGCUGGCUGAGGGAGACGAAUUCUUUGGCGUGUUUUUCGAAAACAAGGUGUCGAGUGUCAAGCCCAUCAGCAAGUCUGAUGCUCUGCAGUUUAUCGACAGCGAGGCCCCGAGGUAGGUCUAGAGUAGCAGCAGUAACGUACAGACUCAAUACUCUCAGUAGCAGCAGUUCCCCUG